UUGUUUCCCGCAGAGAGGCGAGAAGAUGGCGGCCGUGUCAAGCGGAGGUGCUGCUGGGUCCGCUGCGGCCGGGAUCACGCACUCUGCCCGACCGACCCACGCGGGCAUGGGCACCCAAAACCGAGCCCAGCCGUCCCCCUCCGGCAUCGGCCACGCCAGUCGCACCAGCACGGCCACCGGGUGCGUCACCAGUCCCGGCCACACUUCGGCCACCAGGCCCCCCCCGGCCCGAGUGGGCCACUACGAAAUCGAGCGGACCAUCGGCAAGGGGAAUUUCGCCGUUGUUAAACUAGCCACGCACAUCAUUACCAAAGCCAAGGUGGCUAUAAAAAUAGUGGAUAAGACUCAGCUGGACGACGAGAACCUGAAAAAGAUUUUCAGAGAGGUGCAAAUCAUGAAGUUGCUGAAGCACCCCCACAUCAUCCGCCUCUACCAGGUGAUGGAGACGGAGCGGAUGAUCUAUCUGGUAACGGAGUAUGCUAGCGGUGGAGAAAUAUUCGACCACCUGGUGGCUCAUGGGCGUAUGGCGGAAAAGGACGCCAGGAAGAAGUUCAAACAGAUUGUGGCAGCGGUCCAUUUCUGUCACUGCCGCAACAUCGUCCACAGAGACCUGAAGGCUGAGAAUCUGCUGCUGGACCACAACCUCAACAUCAAAAUUGCAGAUUUUGGAUUCAGUAACCUGUUUUCUCGAGGACAGCUGUUGAAGACGUGGUGUGGCAGCCCUCCCUAUGCCGCACCUGAACUCUUUGAGGGCAAGGAGUAUGACGGACCCAAAGUAGACAUAUGGAGCUUAGGUGUGGUGUUAUACGUGUUGGUGUGCGGCGCCCUGCCUUUCGACGGCAGCACUCUACAAAAUCUGCGGGCGCGUGUCCUCAGCGGCAAGUUCCGCAUCCCCUUCUUCAUGUCCACAGACUGCGAGUACCUGAUCAGACACAUGUUGGUGCUGGAGCCCAGCAGACGGUUGACUAUGGAGCAGAUCAAUAAGAACAAGUGGAUGAGGCUAGGAGACCCGGACCCCGAAUUCGACAGGUUGAUAGCAGAGUGCGAGCAGGUGAAGACGGAGCGAGAGAUUGAGCUCAUCAAUGAGCAGGUGCUGAUCGCCAUGUGUGAGAUGGGCCUGGAUCGAGAACGCACACUUCAGUCUUUACAAACGGAUGCAUACGAUCACUACAGCGCCAUCUACAGUUUGCUGGCCGACCGCCUCAAGAAACACAAGACCCUGCGCGUUGCCCCGCCCACGCCGCGCUCCAUUAGCUAUCCUCUUAACGCCGUGCAGCAGACGGAUCCACAGGGUAAUCCCGUUAGCAUGACCGUUCCCCAUGUUCAGCUCAUCAACCCGGAGAACCAGAUCGUUGAGCCGGAUGGCAGCAUGCCACUGGACAGCGACGAAGGGGAGGAGCCAUCUCCCGAGGCCAUGGCCCGCUACCUGUCGAUGCGGCGGCACACCGUGGGAGUACCAGACCAAAGGACGGAGAUGCAGGAGGACCUCCAGAAGCUGCCACCGGGCUUCCCCCGCGGUGCAGCCCCCCAGCCCCCUUUCCUCCAACUGGCCCCCACUAUGGGCCAAAUGCACACUCUCAUGCCCACGCAGAGCUUGCAGCCCACGCAGCAGCUGGAGUACAAGGAGCAGUCGUUGCUGCAGCCGCCCACCCUGCAGCUGCUCAACGGCAUGGGGCCUCUUGGUCGGAGAGCCUCCGACGGCGGGGCCAACAUCCAGCUACACGCUCAGCUCCUCAAGAGGCCCCGGGGGCCCUCGCCACUCGUUGCGAGCCCGCACCCGACCCCUGCAGUAGCUCCAGUGGAUGAGGAAGGUUCAGACGGAGAGCCAGAUCAAGAGGCCGUGCAGAGGUACCUGGCGAACCGCUCCAAGCGGCACACGACGCACGCGCUCACGAGCACAUCGCAUGGCGAGCCCUCGGCAGAGUCACAGCGGCCCCAGGGCCCCCGCCAGAGGGGGGGCUGGGCCCCCGACACACACACCCGAUCCAGCUAUAAGGACUGUAACACCCUUCACCUCCCCAUGGAGCGCUUCUCACCUGUCCGGCGGUUCUCUGACGGCGCCGCCACCAUCCAGGCCUUCAAGGCUCACCUGGAGAACAGCAGCCUCAUCAAGCAACUCAAACAGGAGUGCGAGCAGCUCCAGAAAAUAUACGCUGCCCAGCAGGACGAGCGCUUCCUGGAGCACACGCAGCAACAGCACAUCCUCUACCAGCAAGAGCAACAAAUCCUCCACCAGCAAAUCCAGGGUCUGUCUUUAGGCCACGGAGAGAGCCAGCCCAGUCACCUCACCCACCAGCUCCAGAGGUUGCACAUCCAGCCCUCCAGCCCUCCGCCAACACAUCCCAGCAACCACCUCUUCAGACAGCAGAACCAGAGCCCUCCGCCUUGCUCUGCAGACAUGAUGCAAGGGCACGGAGGUCCGUCACCAGUGCAGUACCAGCACGGUGCUCCGGCGCUGUAUCAGGGCCAGAGUGGCAGCCCGCCUCCCACAGCACUGAAUCGAGUCCCUCUACCAACCAAUCAACAAGCAGCAUCUGCGCGCCCCGCCGUGCCGUUGGCACAGGGCGUACCUCAACAGCAGCAGGUGACCAUUCAGGUUCAAGAAGUGGAGCUGGGAGGUGUGGCGCAGAGGCCGGGCGGCUUUUUGUCCACGCCGGGGCACCGAGUCCUCGGGAAGCAGCUGAGCGCAGACAACGCCGAGACGCACAGUUGCAGCCUCGGCCGCUUCUCAUCGGGUUACGACCAAGCUCAGUUUAAUCCCCACCUCUUCUCCGGCGACGCCGGCGUGAUUGGCUCCUACAGCCACUACCUGCAGGGCACCUCCCUCAAAGUCCCGGGCCUGGAGGAGUACCAAAGCGGGGUGGUUGGGACCGGCACCUACGGCACCCCUUCUACACUACAGCAGGCCCUGCUCUCCCCGACUCCUUUGGAGUACCGCCCCCCUCAGCAUCACGUCACUCCCACCCUGCAGGGCCUUCUGUCCCCCCGACACUCUUUGACGGGCCACGCCGACCCCCGGCUGCCGCCCCAGGACCUGGCCGCCCUGCUGAAGAGGCACAGUCCCCGGCCGUGCCCGACGACCCCAACGCCGCCCAGCGGCGGGCCCCAAGAGUACGGGGAGAUGCUGCUCCUCCGCCAGCUGAGCCAGGGCGAGAGCUUGGAGCUGGCGGCGCCGCAGAGCGCCCCCGGGGGCCAACACUAUCAUCACCUCCUCCAGAUUCGACCCCCCGAGGUGCAGCCGCAGCAGCACCCAGCACAGACGCCUUGCCCCGGCUUACCUCACUCGGAGAGCAUGGAGGAGGACGAGGUGCCAGCUGGCUACCACCACCCGCACGACGGCCUGCUGGCCAAGGCAGGAGAAGCUCACGAGCUCCUGGGGCCUCCCCAAGGAGGCACCCCGCCCUACAACUCCCCUACGCACAGGCACGGUGGCUUCAUACGGAACGCUCCAGAAGCUCGAGAUUCAGAGCACGUGGAUAGCAGGCCCCAAGGGCAGGCCAUGGAGGUGCCCGAUCACAACGGCGUGGGCUAUUCGCGAGGUCCCCAGGGCGACGUCUGUAGGUCCCGUGGACAGCUACAGCGCCACCACACCAUCCAGACCUGUGACGACGCCUAUGAUCAGGCGGAGCCCAUGUCGGGAAUGAGCCUGAUGGCCGGGAAGGCACUGAGCUCCGCUCGCAUGUCGGACAUUCUCAGCCAGACGUCGCUGACGGGAAGCCAGCAGCUGCACCAGCGGGAAGAGUCGGCGUGUGAUGUGGAAGAGGAGCUCCAUGCGGCGGCCUGCUACCCCUCCUCCUGCACCAGUGACAUGCUCCUCAGCUACAAACCCCCUGACCUGCAGUACAGCAUGGAGCAGGCUGGGGUCUAGCACAGGAAGGGGUGCAUCCUGUGUACAGCGGUCCAUAUCAGCCAUCCUGAGUUGUGUUGAGUUGAGCAGCAUCACGCCAAAUCACCGCCCUCUGCCCAAACAGGGAUGGGGGUGAGGGGGGGCUCAACGUCCAUCUUUCUGUCUCCAUCUGUCCUCGGGAGAGGGGGGAGUGUGGGUUGGUGCAGACAUUAGAGGGGUGGGGUGUGUGUGUUCGGGGGGGGGUGACACAGGUGGGGGGCCUCGGGAUUCCAAAGGUCAAAGUGCCAGCAUUUUCUGCACAGGCAUCCAGCAUUCAUUGCCGCAGGUUGUCUUCUCUUUUCACCUCCCAUCAUGGGUAGAUUGGGGUUCCACUCCUUCCUCUUUUGACUCGACCCCCCCCCCCCACACACACACACACACACACGCCCAACUGCUGCCCUGACCUAACCCCCCCCCCCCCCAACACACACACACUUCACCCUUUUGUCUUCUAUUAACGGUUGGCAUACUUCAUUAUGUGCCUCAUCGACCAACGCAUUAAUACAGUCAUAGUUGCAAGAGCAUAUAGAGUCUAAUAACACAAAGAAACAAACACACACACACACACACACACUCACACACUGCUGCCACAAACCCAAAGUAUUCACAUUUGGUGUGUGUGCGUGUGUGUGUGUGUGUGUGUGUGUGUGUGUGUGUGCAUGACUGAGAAGAAGGAAGAAGAGGUGAGCGGAUGUGAAGGGUGUCCGAGAGGUUCAGUCUGCUCCUCCAUCCCCCCCCCCCCCUCCCCCACCUGCUGUCCUCCUGCAGCAGAUCAUUCCGGAGCGACUGAAUUCUCAGCAGUGGCGGGGUCUCCCCCCCCCUCCCCUUUUUUUUGGGCCGGGUAGCGGGUGUUUUGGGGUCAGGCUCCAACUGGGCAACCAAACCGCUCUCAUCCAAAGAUGGAGCUCAGUGACAUCGCACAGGACAAACCAGCUCUCUCAGUGUUUUUUUAUUUUUAUUUUUUUUUGUUCUGGCAUUCGUUUUAUUUUUUAUUUUUUAUUCAUUUUUACGGCUAAUGUCCAUGUAGGCAUUCUAGUCCAUAUUGUUACUCUUAUUGUUAUUAAUGUUUUCUGUAAAAGAGGUUUUAUUAUAAUGAAUAUUAUUAUUAUUAUUAAAGGAAAAACAGUUCUGUGUUGCAAGGAAGACGACAUUGUUCUUUGAUUACUUAAGUAAUUCUGCACUUUCGGUUCAAGCUAUCUUCUCUCUGUCUCUCUCUCUCCCCCCCCCCCCCCUUGCAGUUUCCUCACUCUCUAUCAUGCUGUUGUCCUGCUCCCCCCCCCUCCCCACCCCCCCCACACUUCACCUCGGAGUGACCCCUUUGCUCCAGCUGCCUUUUCCCUUCCCAUGUCAGUGACAGUGUAUUGCAUUGUGGGUAGUUUUACCAGACAUUUGCUCCUUUCCUUGUACAGUGAUGCCAUGUAUAGAACGCUAUUGCAACUUCUGUAUCAAAUCCUUUUCUUUUUGUUACCUUUUUUUGAAUUUUAGAUUAUGUUGGGGAGGCUUUUUUUUUUUUUUU